AUGAAGUUGCUCACUGGCGACCUCAUCCGGCUCGUCGAGACGCCCAAGGAGCGCGCGGCCGAGGCGCUUGCAGCGCUCGGUGGCGUCGAAGGCGUCGCGUCGUCGCUGGGCGUCGCGCUCGACGGUGGCCUCGACAGCUCGAACGCGGCCGACCUCGCCCAGCGCGAAGCGACGUACGGCAAGAACUACAUUGAGCCCGAGAAGCCGAGCACGAUCCUGCAGCUCAUGUGGCAGGCGUUCCAGGACUUGACGAUUAUCAUUCUGAGCGUCGCCGGCGUCUUCUCACUCGUUCUUGGCCUCGUCGCGCCGCACCACUCGUCCGUGCCCAAGAACGGCACCGUCAAGAGCGGCGGCGAUGACGAGCCCAACACGGCGUGGAUCGAAGGCGUCUCGAUUCUGUUCGCUGUCCUCAUUGUGACGCUCGUGACGGCCGUCAACGACUACCAAAAGGAGAAGCAGUUCCGCGCUCUGAACGCGGUCAAGGAGGACGAGAAGAUCAAGGUCAUCCGCAACGGCGUGCCGGCCGAGGUCAGCAAGUUCAACCUCCUCGUCGGCGAUAUCGUCCGCGUCGACCUCGGGGACAUUCUGCCCGCGGACGGCCUUGUCUUUGACGAGAACGACCUCAAGAUCGACGAGAGUGCGAUGACGGGCGAGUCGAUUCUCCUCCGCAAGAACCGCACGGAAGCUCCGUUUCUGCUCUCGGGUACCAAGGUCAUGGAAGGCGUCGGCAAGAUGCUCGUGCUCUGUGUUGGCGAGUCGUCCCAGGCCGGUAUCAUCUCCAAGCUCAUCAUGGGCAAGGGCUCCAAGCCGACGCACACGGCCGACGAGGCUGCCGAAGACAACUACGUCUCGGUCGUGACGCCCAACAACACGGACGAUGCGAUGCUCGAGGCCAAGGCGCCGAGUACCAAGGACGACGACGACGACGACGACGACGGUCCGGUCUCGCCGCUCCAGGGCAAGCUCGACCGCCUCACGAUCCUCAUCGGCAAGCUCGGUCUCGCGGCUGCCAUCAUUGUGUUUGUCGGGCUCGUCGCGCGCUUCUCCAUCCAGACGUUUGCGAUCGACGACAAGGAGUGGACCAAGGAAUUCCUCUCGGACUACCUCGGCUUCUUCAUCAUCGGUAUCACGGUGCUCGUCGUCGCGAUCCCCGAAGGUCUCCCGCUUGCUGUGACCAUUGCGCUCGCCUUCUCUGUCAAGAAGAUGCUCUUGGACAACAACCUCGUGCGCCACCUCGACGCGUGCGAGACCAUGGGGUCGGCGACUACGAUUUGCUCGGACAAGACGGGGACGCUCACGACCAACCGCAUGACGGUCGUCGAGAGCUACGUCGGCGGCACCGAAUUCUCGUCCUCGGCCGACCUCGGCGUUGCCUUGUCGCCGGUCGCCAUGGCGGCCCUCUGCGACGGCAUCUGCCUCAACUCGACGGCCGAGAUCCUCCCGCCGCUCAAAGAAGGCGGCAAGCCCGAGCACACGGGCAACAAGACCGAGUGCGCGCUCCUCCAGUUUGCCGCCGACAUGGGUGUCGCCUACGCCGACGUGCGCAAGGGCGGUGAGAUUGGCCACAUGAUUACGUUCAGCUCGGCCAAGAAGCGCAUGUCGGUGGUCGUCCGCGUCUCGGCGACGACGUGCCGUGUGUUCACCAAGGGCGCGAGUGAGAUUGUGCUGGAGCUCUGCACGUCGCAGCAGCGCCUCGACGGCUCGACGAUCCCGAUGGAGAGUCACAUGAAGAGCCACAUUCUGAGCAACGUGAUUGAAAAGUACGCUGGCCAGGCGUACCGGACGCUCUGCCUGGCGUACCGUGACAUUGACGCGUCGAUGGACGACAUCAAGAGCUGGUCGGACGACGAGAUUGAGCGCGACCUCACGUGUGUGGCCAUUGUCGGCAUCGAAGACCCGGUCCGCGACGAAGUGCCGGGCGCGAUCCGCCAGUGCAACGACGCCGGCAUCGUCGUGCGCAUGGUGACCGGCGACAACAUUGCGACGGCCAAGUCGAUUGCGCUCAAGUGCGGUAUCCUCUCGCCCAACGACGGGUCGCUGGUCAUGGAAGGCACCGAGUUCCGUCGCCGCGUCUUGGACUCGAACGGCAACAUCAUCCAGAGCGAGUUUGACAAGAUCUGGCCCAUGCUCCGCGUGCUCGCGCGGUCGAGCCCGAAGGACAAGUACACGCUCGUGUCGGGUCUGAUUGCGUCCAACGUGUACCCGCACGGUCCGCAGGUCGUGGCGGUGACGGGCGACGGCACCAACGACGCGCCGGCGCUCAAGAAGGCGGACGUCGGUUUUGCGAUGGGCAUUUGCGGCACGGCGGUCGCCAAGGACGCGUCCGAUAUCAUCUUGAUGGACGACAACUUCAAGUCGAUUGUGAACGCAGUCAAGUGGGGUCGCAACGUGUACGACUCGAUCUCCAAGUUUCUCCAGUUCCAGCUCACGGUCAACUUGGUGGCGAUCACGAUCGCUAUCAUUGGUGCCAUUGCGCUGGAAGAGUCGCCGCUCUCGGCCAUCCAGCUGCUCUGGGUCAACCUCAUCAUGGACACGUUUGCGUCGCUGGCGCUGGCGACCGACUCGCCGACCGACGCGCUGCUCGAGCGCAAGCCGUACCCGCGCACGAAAGCGCUCAUUUCGCGCAAGAUGACCAAGCACAUUGUCGGCCAGGGCGUCUUCCAGCUCGUCGUGCUUCUCUUGCUCACGUUUGUGCCGUCGAUCGUCAACGUCCCUGCUGGCUUCAAGGCGGACCGUGAGAAGACGGCGUUCCCCAACGACCCGACCGAGCACUACACGAUCAUCUUCAACACGUUCGUGUUCCUCCAGCUCUUCAACGAGAUCAACGCCCGCCGCAUCCACGACGAGCUCAACGUCUUUGACGGCUUCUUCCAGAACAAGCUCUAUCUUGGCGUCCAAGUCAUCCAGGUCGUGCUCCAAGUGCUCAUCGUGCAGUUUGGCGGCCUCGUCUUCAAGUGCAAAGCGCUCUCGGUCGGCCAGUGGUUCAUCUGCCUCGGCAUUGGCGCGCUCUCGCUGCCCGUGGGGCUUCUUCUGCGCUCGGUACACGCCAAGCACAUGCCAAAGUUCUUCUCGAGUUGCUCGGACGAAGAGCCCGUGCAUGUGCCCUCGGCGCGUGGCAAGGAGCUCUGGGUGCGCGGCUUUGCCCGUCUCCGCGCGCAGAUCCGCGUCAUCAACGCCUUCAAGCGCUCGGUCGCCCAGCGUCGGCUGAUCACGGACGUCAAGUCUGUCUAA